AUGUUUAGUGCCAUAGUUCAAUCGGAUCCUAGUAAGCCAGAAUUUCUUUUAACUUGUAUGUAUGGUUUCUCUAAUUACACAAAGAAAAAAGAACAAUGGAGCUAUAUCCAACAGAUCAGUGAGAACAAUAGCAACCCAUGGGUAGUCCUAGGUGAUCUUAAUUUUCACUUAGUAGACAAUGAAGCUGGUACCUCUAGUUCUUCUGAUGGUUUGGUCAAUAACAUAGUAGCUAGCAGUGGCUUAGAAGAUAUAGGUUUUAUUGGCAAAAACUUCACAUGGAGUAAUAAUAACAUGGGAACAGGUUCUAUCAAGUCAAGAAUAGAUAUGGACCUAGGGAAUGGCAACUGGUAUCUAAAUUUCCCUAAUUCUAGACUUCAUCACCUUUCCCAAAUAGGAAGUGACCAUUGUCCAAUAAUGCUAGAUACUGAUAUCACUACACCCAACUGUUGGAAACCUUUUAAGUUCUUCUUAACCUGGUUAAAUGAUAAAUCUUGUACUACUAUCAUCACUAAUGCUUGGAAAUCUAGUGUUUCUGGUUCACCUGGUUAUCAGUUAGUGUCAAGAUUGUCUUAUACAAGAAGAGAACUCUCUUUUUAG